GGACAGGCAUUCUACUAAUUCAUUUUGCUGUGAUGUUCUAGUCACCCGAUCCUCGCUACUCAUUCCUCCCUGUAGCUGAGCGGAAAUGCGGAAGGUCGUGGUUGUCACCGGAGCCAACAGUGGCAUAGGCCUGGCACUGUGUGAGAGACUUCUGUCCAAGGAUGACCAGAUCCGUUUAUGCCUGGCCUGCAGGAACACGCAGAGGGCCGAAGCUGCCCGAAUGUCCCUCUUGUCCUCUCAUCCAUCAGCUGAUGUCAGUAUUGUGCAAGUGGAUGUAGGUAGCCUUAAAUCAGUGGUACAAGGUGCAGAAGUACUUAAAGAAAGGUAUGGUCGAAUUGACUACUUAUACCUAAAUGCUGGUAUAAUGCCCAACCCACGGGUUAGCCACAAAGCUUUUAUCACAGGAUUAUUUUCCGGGAAAGCCAUCAGCAUGUUUGCAACGGGAGAAGGACUCUUGACACAAGAGGACAAGGUGACUCAGGAUGGUUUGCAGGAAGUUUUUGCAACCAAUGUUUUUGGCCACUUUAUACUGAUUAAAGAACUAGAACCUCUGUUAUGUCACAUGGAUAGUCCCUCCCACGUCAUCUGGACUUCUUCUAGCAAUGCAAGAAAGGGCUCUUUCCGUCUUACAGAUUAUCAGCACACUCAAGGCCAAGAACCAUACAGCUCUUCAAAAUAUGCUACAGAUCUGUUGAGUGUUGCUUUAAAUAAGCAUUACAACAAGCAGGGUAUGUAUUCCAGUGUGGUUUGUCCGGGUCUUGUAAUGACGAAUCUCACAUAUGGGAUCCUACCAUCUUUCUUCUGGACGUUUAUCAUGCCCAUAAUGUGGCUGAUCCGUGUCUUUACAAACACUUUCACCCUCUCACCAUAUAACGGAGCGGAAGCACUGCUGUGGCUUUUCAGUAGGAAGCCUGAAUCACUUGAUUUGCUAGCAAAACAUCACAGCUGCACUUCUGGUAUGGGCAAUAAUUAUGUCCAGUCCAUUAAGAUGGACCUCGACGAAGAAAGCAGUGAUAGAUUUUAUGAAAAGCUUCUAGAUUUAGAAAAUCAAGUUCGCAAAAAAAUAACCUCUUAACAUAAAAAUGAAUGAAAAGAACACUGGAUUCCCUUUUCUUCUUCCGUGAGGAAACAAUUACUACCUACCUAUUUGACAGAAUUAAUGGGGCAGUCUGGUGUCUCAUACAUUAUUACCAACAAAGAAUGCUUAUUAAAGUACUUUAAUAUACAUUCUUUACCUAUAGUAAAAAAUGCUGUACCCCA